AUGAAGAAUUUUGUUCUACUUCUAUUACUGUACCAAAUAGACCUCAAUGUCGUUAGUCAACCAGUACAGAAACUGAUCGAUGUAGAUACAGGUACAAAUGUUCCCAAUGAAAGAAUGUUGAAGCCUCAGACAUCAGCAUGCAGUGCCAACCAAUACUUUGAGGAAAAGGAGGGACGUUGUUUGGGUGUAACAGGUGGUGGUAAAGUGAUUUAUUCGAAUAACACAGUAUCGUGUGGUACCAAUGUGCUGAAGCCUUACCUCACCAAUCCCAGAUAUUACUAUGUUUGCAAAAGAAACAAAACGAUACUGGUCCAGUGCGCUCAAGGCCAACAUUUUGAGAAUCGGCUACAGAAAUGCAUUCUCGACGAUAAUAGUGAUUUAAUCUCCACUACCGAACCAAGUCUGGCAAUGUUUGAUUCGAUUCAACUGCCCGGUUGUGAGAAACCUGGAUCGUUUCCGGUACCAGGUGACUGUACACUGUUCUACAUUUGCGAGACUAACGGCGAUCGGAUGUCCCAAAAUAUUUUCAAAUGCCCCAGAACCAUGAUCUAUGAUCCACAAACGGAAAUGUGCAUCCUUUUUUCGCCCAAAGACGAAAAAGAGGACAUUAAAAAAUCAACUACCGAAGCAUCCUGCGUCGAUGUCUCCACUACCGAUUCCAAUUCACUCCUUUCAGAGUCGUUCACUGGAGAUGAUAAAACAUCGAUCUAUGAAACAACAAUUGCAACAUCCGAUGCAGAAGAUAGUAUUUUAACGACGGAUAAAUACGACAGCACUACCGCUGCGAUAACGCACAUCGAGGAUAAAUUGUUAUCAAAGACCGUUCCUUAUACUCAAGAAAUACCUCCUGAAUUCAUGGAAUUUGGCGAUAAUUUUGGUAGCACAAGUUCAGGCGUUACGUAUUCGACUUGUGCAGACGAGCUCAUAACAUCAGAAGAAGUGGGAUCGACCGAAUCAUCGUUACUGUCUUUUAUUUCGGAAGGUUCAAGUUUAAACAAACAAUAUAGUACAGUUGAGGAAAGCACCAUGGCCUCUACAAGCACUAUAGAUUCAGCAAGUGAAGUAAAUGCAUCUACAGAAAUGGGGAUAACUGAACCAGCAUUAAAAAUCUCUGAUUUAAAAACGUCAGUAUUAAAUGAAGAAUAUAAUACAUCUCCAUCUUCAGAUGAAUUCAUAGAUUUGGAAGAAAUGAAUACAUCUCCAGAAGUAGGAUCAAGCGAAUCGUCGUUGGAGACUUCUACUUUAAAAGAAUUAAGUUCCAAUGAACAAUAUAAUACAGUUGAAGUAAGUACCACGAGCCCUGGAAGUAUUUCACAUUCAACAAGUGCAAUUGAAUUCACACCUUUGGAAGAAGUAAGCUCGUCUACGGAAAUGGGAAUAAAUGAACAAUAUACUACAGUUGAGGAAAGUACCAUAAGCCCUGUAAGUAUAUCGUUUUCAACGGGAGCGAGUGAGAUCACAUCUUCGGAAGAAAUAAAUACGUCUGUACCAAUGGAAAUAAGCGAUACAGUGUCAAAGUCUGUUACUCCGGACAUAUUUAUUUCACAUGAAAGCACGACCGAAGAAAGUGUUACUGAACAAUCAAUCACCGAAACUGAAUCGAUCGAUUUUACUUCAAGAACUUCGUCGAUUGAUUUCUGGACUCCUACGUUUCCCAAGUCUAGUAACAAAGGGACGAUUAUGGGAUCUCUUUCGUUACUAGAUGAUGCAUUUCCUAUUUUAAACGAAUUUCCAUCUUCUACGGAACAAUCGACCUUAAAUGAUAUAAUUGACACCACUGUCUUCAACGGUAUAAAUGAUGAACUUUCAAAGUGGAGUGAUACUGUAUCAACUGAAAAUAAUAUUGAAGAUACAAGACAAAUGUCUACCUUGCAACCAUAUCAGCCGAGUAUUGUUGAAAGUGCAAGUUCCACAAGUUUUACGAAUUUCAUAUCGACAACGGAAUCGAAUUAUGACUUCGCGUUAUCGAAUAGUUCCGAUGCAGCAAAUUAUUUCAGUACAGUAGCUGAAGAAAAUGUAACCGGCAUACCUAACGAAUCUGAUGAAACGUCGAGUGAAAUCGUGCAAAUUAUAAAAACGUUGAAUAAAGUAUCGUCGUUAGAGUCAACGAUUACAGAAGAGAACAAGAAUAAUGAUACAUUGCAUUCAUUAGAGCCUAAAUCGAAUUCAAGGCAUUCUGAUAGUGAAACAAAUUUGAAUACAUGCUUGAAAAUGUUACAGUCUCCAGUUACAGAAAAGCAGCGAAAUGUAUCGUCAAAGCAAAAUAAAACUGUCCCUGGAAGACAAUAUGUAACGAUACCGCAAACAUCAGACUCUAGGAAAACGAUAUCAACGCAUAUCGCAUUGCCUUUAACGUCAGCAGUAUUAAAUUUGACUGAUAAAUUCGAGCGCCAUGUUAGGGAUAUUUUAUGCAGCAUUUUUAAAAUUUGCGCGUAG